AUGGCACUGUCCGAGUUCACCUUUCAAUACGUAGCUCAAAAAUCGGUCAAGGGUCAGGCAUUGGCCGAUUUCCUAGCUCAUCACCCGGCCCAGGGGCAAGAGGAGGAGUUGGAGGUCGAGAUCGGUAUGGCCCACAUGGAAAAGAAUCAUUGGACCAUGCACUUCGACGGCUCCAGCACUGAGGCCAGGUCAGGAGCCGGAGUGGUGAUUGAAUCUCCCCAAGGGCAAAAAUGGCAGUUUGCAUUCCAACUCGACUUCAGAUGCACUAAUAAUCAGGCCGAGUACGAAGCGCUCAUCAUCGGUCUCGAGAUUUUGAAGGAAAUGAAGGCAACCCGUGUCUUGGUCCACGGUGAUUCUCAGCUGGUGAUUAACCAACUGACUGGGGAAUACCAAUGCACGAGCGAGAAUUUGGCCAUGUAUUAUGUGACGCCCCUCAACACGGCCGAUGGAUUCUCUAGAAUUUCCUUUGUUCAUGUACCGCGCGCCGAAAACGGCGAGGCCAACGAGAUGGCCCAAGUAGCGUCAGGCGUGAACAUCCCGAACACCGACCAUGAUCGCGUGAUAAGGGUCGAGAGGCGUACCUUGCCGGCUUUGACCGAACGUGGAAUGAUAGCGCAAGUGUCUUCGGCCGAUAUCACCAACGAGAUCGACACGGCCGAGGCCGACUGGCGCUACCCCAUAGUGAAAUAUUUGCGUAACCCUUCUGGCAGCCAUGAGAGGACUACACAUGGUUUAUUACUCCUAUGUCCCAGCGCCGAGGACAUCAAGGUCAUCAUGAAUGAAUCCCACGAGGGGAUUUGUGGUGCUCAUCAGUCUGGGGUCAAGAUGAGGUGGUUGGUUCGGAGGCACGGCUAUUACUGGCCGACCAUUUUGAAAGAUUGCAUAGAAUAUGUGAAGGGAUGUAUCAAGUGUCAAAUCUACGGCCCCAUACAAAGGGUACCGGCCGAAGCCUUCCACCUGGUGACCAAACCGUGGCCGUUCAGAGGGUGGGCCGUGGACAUCAUCGGCAAAAUCCAUCCGGCCGCAUCCAACCAACACGCAUGGAUUCUGGUGGCGACCGACUAUUUCCCCAAGUGGGUCGAGGCCGAGUCCUAUCGGUCAAUAUCCAGUGCACAGGUGGUCAAAUUCUUUGACAAUCACAUCGUUCAUCGGUUCGGUAUCCCAGAAACUAUCACAGCCGACAACGGCCCGGUAUUCGCAUCGGCCGAGACACGGGAGUACACCGAGAAAAUGGGAAUCAAAUUGAUCCACUCAACACCUUACUACCCUCAAUCUAACGGACAGGCCGAAGCAAGUAACAAGGUGAUCAAGGGCAUCCUGGAGAAGAUGAUCGAGGAAAAACCUAGGGCGUGGCACGACUUGCUCCCCGAAGCUCUUUGGGCUUACCGAACCUCAAAGCGGUCGGCCACGGGCACGACUUGCUCCCCGAAGCUCUUUACGCCUUAA